GAUGCACUCGUUCGGUCGUCGUUCAUUUGGCCCGAAUCGACGGUAGUGCGUCGUGUGUGAAUUUAUCGAAAACGUUUGCAUAUAAAAUGGUAGAUGUUACUUCCAGCUCCCGCCUGACAAUGCCAGGCGAACCGGGCGCACCGGGCGAACCUCGUCCCGACUGAGUAAACGAUCGCCCCUCGCGCAGGAGCCAAUGACGUCCCCGACCUCCGUCAAAUAUACACGGUCUCUUGUACCGUGCUACUACUAUCCGCAUUAUAUCGUUUGCCACCGACGUCGUAUACCGAGGUAUAAAGCGAUCUACGUAUUUAAUCUCGUGUAUGAUGUUCCAAAGACGCAACCAGCCUUGAUAUUCACAUCCAUGCCGACACCGACACCGCCGCUGCGUUACGUGGAGAUCAGAGACGGAUGUUUUCACAUUGUCCCGCAAUGCAUCACAAAGAUCCACAUUUAUCAGCGGAUCUUACACAUGGAAUAUGAUGCACAAUUUAAUAUCUUCGUUUUGGGCACCGUUAGAAGAUCAGGAAUAAUAAAUGCAAUGUCGACAGUUGCUGAUAGAAAAUAG